AGAGAGAGAAAGAGAGAGAGAGAGAGAGAGAGAGAAGAAGGUUCAGAGAAGACGCGGAGGGAGAAGGAGAGAGAGAGACGGAGAGGUUCAGAGAGGAGAACUGCACAGCGCUGAAAGGACGGAUGGCGCCGCUAUCUGGGAUUAUUUACACGGUGGCUUCGCUUCUCUUCGGGGUUUCCAGCGGGAUCUCCGCUCCGCGAAGUUACCCGGCAAACGAAGUUACCUUACUGGACUCCAGAUCCGUGCAGGGAGAACUGGCCUGGGUCGCCAGCCCCACCGAAGGAGGAUGGGAGGAGGUGAGCAUCAUGGACGAGAAGAACGUGCCCAUCCGAACAUAUCAGGUAUGUAAUGUGAUGGAGGCCAGUCAGAACAACUGGCUGCGGACGCAUUGGAUCCAGAGAGGUCCAGCCCAGCGGGUUUAUAUCGAGAUCAAAUUCACCCUGCGGGACUGCAACAGCCUUCCUGGAGUGACAGGCACCUGCAAGGAGACCUUUAACCUGUACUUCCAGGAGACGGACUCUGAUAGCGAGCGAACGGUGCGCGAAAGCCGUUUCGCCAAGAUUGACACAGUUGCAGCCGAUGAGAGCUUUACGCAGGUGGACAUCGGCGACCGGAUCAUGAAGCUAAACACUGAAGUGAGGGAUGUGGGAGUUCUGACCCGAAAAGGCUUCUACCUGGCUUUCCAGGAUGUUGGAGCCUGCAUUGCAUUGGUGUCUGUCCGUGUCUUCUACAAAAGAUGUCCACUAGCGGUCAGAAACCUUGCACAGUUUCCUGAUACAGUAACCGGAGCAGAUACCUCGUCUUUAGUGGAGGUUCGGGGCUCUUGUGUGGAUCACUCGGAGGAGCGUGAGGUGCCCAAAAUGUACUGCGGGGCAGACGGGGAGUGGCUUGUACCCAUUGGGAACUGCCUGUGCAACUCAGGUUACGAGGAACGCAACGGACAGUGCCAAGUGUGUAAGCUGGGUUAUUACAGGUCGUUAUCUACAGAUGGAGGUUGCAGUAAGUGUCCUCUGCACAGUUACUCAGUGAGGGAGGGGGCCACUUCCUGUGACUGUGAUAAAGGCUACUACAGGUCAGAGACGGACCCCCCGGCCAUGCCCUGCACACGUCCCCCUUCGGCCCCUCAGCAUCUGAUCUCCAGUGUAAACGAAACAUCCGUCCUGCUGGAGUGGAGCCCCCCUCUGUCUUCCGGCGGCCGCCAGGACCUCACAUACAACGUGGUGUGUAAGCAGUGUGUGUGGGAGGCAUCGCGGUGUGUGACGUGUGCGGACACCGUGAGAUUCUCCCCCCAAAGACUCAGCCUGAGGACCACCAGAGUGUCCGUCCACCAGCUGCAGGCACACACCAACUACACCUUCCAGAUCUGGGCCAUCAACGGAGUCUCCAAACACAACCCCAACCCGGAUCAGGCCGCUUCCAUCAGCCUGACCACCAACCAGGCCGCUCCCUCUACGGUGAUGUCUGUUCAGAGUAAGGACAUGACGCGGGACACCCUCACUCUGUUCUGGCAGGAACCUGAGAAACCCAACGGAGUCAUACUGGAGUACGAGGUUAAAUACUAUGAAAAGGAGCAAAAUGAGAGGAGUUAUCGCAUCGUAAAGACAACGUCUCGUACCGUUAGCAUAAAGGACCUGACCCCUCUGACCUCCUACGUGUUUCACGUGCGCGCUCGCACUGCGGCAGGUUACGGAGAUUUCAGCGCUCCACUGGAGGUCAUGACCAACUCAGUGCCCUCUCCAGUGGUGGGGGAGGGUGUGAGCCCCACUGUCCUGCUGCUGUCUGCAGGUGGAACUAUCAUCCUCCUCCUCAUCUUUGCUUGCACCUUCAUCAUCAGCAAGAGGAGAGCAAAGUACAGCAAAGCUAAACAAGAUGAAGAGAAACACCAGCCAGGGGUGAGGGUCUAUGUGGACCCUUUCACCUAUGAGGACCCCAACCAGGCCAUCAGGGAGUUCGCUAAAGAGAUUGAUGCAUCCUGCAUUAAGAUUGAGAAAGUCAUUGGCAUUGGUGAGUUUGGUGAGGUGUGCAGUGGUCGUCUGAAGUUCCCUGGAAAGCGUGAGAUUUGUGUGGCCAUUAAAACACUGAAGGCAGGAUUUACAGAGCAGCAGAAGCGGGACUUCCUGAGUGAGGCCAGUGUUAUGGGUCAGUUUGACCACCCCAACAUCAUUCACCUGGAGGGCGUGGUCACCAAGUGCAAACCCAUUAUGAUCAUCACUGAGUAUAUGGAGAAUGGAUCUCUGGACACCUUUCUCAGAAAGAAUGAUGGACGUUUCACAGUCAUUCAACUGGUGGGUGUCCUGCGUGGCAUCGCUUCAGGCAUGAAGUAUCUAUCAGAUAUGAGUUACGUCCACCGAGACCUGGCAGCGCGGAACAUUCUGGUCAACAGUAACCUGGUGUGUAAAGUAUCUGAUUUUGGCAUGUCCAGAGUGCUGGAGGACGAGCCGGAGGGAGCGUACACUACCCGGGGAGGAAAGAUUCCCAUUCGCUGGACAGCCCCAGAAGCCAUCGCCUACAGGAAGUUCACCUCAGCCAGUGACGUGUGGAGUUACGGCAUCGUCAUGUGGGAGGUGAUGUCAUACGGCGAGCGGCCAUACUGGGAUAUGAGUAAUCAGGAUGUGAUAAAGGCGAUAGAGGAGGGAUACCGGUUGCCGCCGCCAAUGGAGUGUCCUGUGGCACUGCACCAGCUGAUGCUGGAGUGCUGGCUGAGAGAGCGCAGCGAGCGGCCCAAAUUCAGCCAGAUCGUCAACAUGCUGGACAAACUGAUCCGCAACCCUGCGUCGCUCAAGAGGACAGGGGGAGAGACAAACAGGCCCCAACCAUCCAUGCUAAGCCACACCGUCUCUGUAGAAACUCCCCCUUCACUUGGUUUAGUGGAAGAGUGGCUGAAAACUAUCAGUCUGGAGAAAUACAGAGAAAACUUCAUUACAGCUGGACACAGCAACCUAGAGAGUAUUAUACACAUGAAUCAGGAAGACUUUGCCAAAAUUGGGAUCUCAUCCAGUGCACAUCAGAAGAAACUCUUGAGUGGUCUUCAGGAAAUCCAAGCUGGAAUACAACAAAUACAAGCCAGAAAGAUUCCUGUCUGAUCUGCAAAAGGGAAGAAAAUUCAGUGCAUCUUAUACCCACAUGAAUGAGCAUAUGAAGAUAAGAGGGAUAUAAUAAUUUACCUACUCAUGCACUUUAAUUCAAUAUGGACAAUAAGAGACAGUGGGAAUAGCUGCACUUUUGAUGGACUAGCCUGCAUUAUCUAGAGAAUAUGGACAUUUCCAUGCCUGUGGGCCUUGUGGUCUUCCUGGAUGAGGGUAUCUUAUGUGGCCUGUUGCUAAUAAUGAAGGCUGAUUACUUAAUCUCUCAAGACUAUUGAGACUUUGAUACAGAUUCAGGAUUUCUUUGACACAUAUCUGAAUCUACUUUUGGCUCGGGAGACUGUAAAGUGGGACUUGAACUGUGAGAUGUGUAUUCUUUUUGUGAACAGAGAUAUUUUUUGUGGCCCACUCAUCUCCCUAAUGUUAGUUGCCAUGUAUCCCCACCUAUUGUCGCAAUGAGACCAAACAAUGGAUGGUGAAUAUUACUAAGAAAACUACUGUUCAUAUAAUGUAGGGCAAGGUUUGUCUUUGUGACAUGGCAGGUGCCCAUAAUUGGCAAGCAUUGCUAUAGAUAGACAUUAAAGAUAAACCCUUCCACUUAAAGAUAUCCCUUCCACUCAGAGUACAGUCAAGUCAAUGGUAAUUGUCUUGGGCAACAAGACAUUGAUGGCGGUGGCAUUACUGGGAUUGAAACUCAUGUCCCUGCAAUAAGAUGCCAGUUGUGCCACUUAUUCUUGGAAGAUUUUUUGUUUUUUGCUUUUUGAAUGGGAAGCAACUUUGCCCCUUUCAGGUCAUCUUCUGAAUGUCAGUCUUUUCAAUGAUUAUGGAUUAUUUCUCUGUUCACUCUGUCCUUCAAAUUCAAAAUCCAAGCAUUAUUUUCUACUGGAGUUUUCUCAGGAUACAUUCCGUUCAACUUCCAAUAUAACCGACUGACUUCUGCUUACUUGGACAUAGAGCUACUCUCUUCAGAUGCAUUUCAGAAGCAUCACUGGACUAAGAGGAAUUCUUCUACCAAUACAUACGCAGUAUACAGAUCAUGGGAGAGAAUAGAUGAAUCCAGCCACAUCAUUCCGUCGAGUUAAGGAUUCCCUCUGCCUCCAUACUGUUCAGUGAUGAGACUGCAGUGAGAAGUCCUGAUAAAUUCUGAUCAUUAUAUUACAAUGUAAUCCACCGGUAUUCAUCUGUCCUAUAUACAUUGUGGGUUUGGUUUUCCAGACACAUAUUAAGGAUAUAACACUUUGAAUGUAAAAUAUCAUGUUAUAAUGUCAUUUGGUUCCAAAUUAGACUAGCAGUCCACUUUGAACUGACCACAACAAAGUAGUGACCUUGUGAUAUAAAGCUAAAUGAACACAUUGGAGAUAUAUUGUAUAUAUCUGAACACAAUUGUCCAUUCAAGAUCUUUCAUAUGUGCCUUGAAAACUGUCUCACAUUAGAUCAGUCAUGUCACCAAACAUUUUAAAAAGUGUGUCCACUAUAAAAGCAAUUUCACUACUUAGGCAGUUUAGGUGACACCUGGCACUUAAAUAAGCCCUUCAUAAACAUGACACUGCAGUGUCAUGGACUUGGCAUAGGGACAAAUACAGUAAAAUGUAACUCACUUCAGCUAAGGGCCAGAGAAAAUAUAAUAUUGUAAAUUAUAAUAUUGUCCUCACAGUGUUAUGAAUAUUAGUGUCAAUGCUCUCCUAUAUAUAAAAAUCUAUGUCAAGAUAAUAUAUUAUCUGAUCUAUAAUCUUGACAUACAGUUACCAGCCACUUUAUUAAGUACACCUGUUCAGUUGCUUGUUAACACAAAUAGCUAAUCAGCCAAUCACAUGGCCGCAACUCAAUGCAUGUAGGCAUGUAGAGCUGGUCAAGACAACUUGCUGAGG